CGGCUCAAACCCAAAAAAUAUUUUCUUUUGAUUUUUUGACCCACCUUCUCCAUUUUACUUUUGACUCCCAAGUCCCAAAUCCUUCCCAUUUCUCUCAGUUUCUUUUUUCUUUCAUUUUUUUAUAGCCGUUGAAGGCAGCCCAACUCUUCUUCUUCUCUCUCUCUCUCUACCUAGCAUUUGCAGGCAGAAAUGGACGAGAAACCCACCAAGGAAUCAUCAUUAGCUUUAGAUACUGCUUGUAGUUCUUUGAAGCGAAAGAGGCCGCCCAUGAUUGAGAUCCCAAAUGUGCUCCAAGAAAUCCACACUGUUAAGAGUCAUACCAGUACGAAACCCCGUCUCCAAGAACUCACUCCCAGGAACACUGCCCUUUCUUUCAGUGGGAAUGGUGUUGGUGUUUCUGCUAUCAGAGGCAAGAAAAAAUUCAUGGAAGAUACCCACAAGAUUGUUUCUUGCUUGCAUGGCAACUCAAACCAAGGAUUUUUUGGAGUUUAUGAUGGGCAUGGAGGCAAAAAGGCAGUGGAGUUUGUUGCAGAGAAUUUGCACGUAAAUAUUCUUGAAAAGAUGGUGAAUUGUGAUGCAGGGAAUGUUUCCAAAGAGGAAGCUGUUAAAGCUGGGUAUUUGAAAACUGACCAGGAUUUCUUGAAACAGGGUUUAGUCAGUGGCGUUUGCUGUGUCACAGCCUUAAUUGAAGGGCAGGAGGUUGUUAUCUCAAACUUAGGAGACUGUCGAGCUGUUCUUUGUAGAGGAGGAGUAGCUGAAGCCCUUACAGAAGAUCAUAGAGCAGCACGGGAGGAUGAACGUAAAAGGAUAGAAGAUAAGGGAGGAUAUGUUGAGAUUCAUCGAGGUGCGUGGAGAGUUCAUGGGAUACUUUCUGUUUCUAGAAGCAUUGGAGAUGCUCAUCUGAAGGACUGGGUACUGGCUGAGCCGGAUACAAAGAUCCUGAAGCUGAGUCCAGACAUGGAAUUUCUCGUCUUAGCUUCUGAUGGACUGUGGGACGAGGUUGGGAACCAAGAAGCUGUUGACAUGGUAAUUUCAUUGUGUAUGGCUGAGAAGAAUGUGGGAACCACAGGAGAUAUUCUAGAAGAUAAUGAUAUUGAUUAUGGUUGUGUAAAUGUAAGCCCUUCAUCUAAGUUGCGGCGGAUUUCACUCGUCAAGCAGCAAAAAGAGUCCAGACACUCACCAAGCUAUAAGAAGAAGGUUUGCAGCUGGAAAGACAAUGAAGAUGAUUUUGCAUGUGAAAAUGAAAGUCCUCCAACAAAGUCAAGAAAAAUUUCAUUGGUCAAGCGAAUAAACAUCAAGACCGAGUCUCCUAUUAAAGAAAAUAGUUGGUACAAGAAGAGAUCUGCCUCUGUGGUGCUUGAGAAUGCUUGUAAGGAGCUUGUGAACCUUGCUGUGACUAGGGGUAGUUUGGAUGACAUUACAGUAAUGAUAAUUGAUUUGAAUCAUUUCAGACAUAACAGUUGAUCUUGUGGGCUAAUAGAACCUACUGUGUUGCUUCCUGAAAAAACUAGGUUAUUAGCUAUAACACCUGCAACCAUGCAAGUGCGCUGCCUAGGUUUGAGACUCCUAAUUGUAAAAGUCCAUAUAGAAAAUUGUGGUAUCUUUGAACAGCUAAUGAGGCAGCAAGUUCCAUUAGUAUUUUCCUUUAUCUUCCAUCUGCUUUCCAGCUCA